AUGAAGCGAAUAUUCAGACGGAAACUGCGUUCCAACUCGACGUCGCUGACUGACGUGAGACCGUUUCAGCGUCGUUUGAGCCUUCCUGCUCCCAAUGAAGUGGAGAUUCUUCAUUCCAUUAAUCAGGUCAACGCAGCUGAUGUAUCGCCUGGCCCUGAAGAUACAGACGUCAGAAGCUACCUAGACCAGGAGUCGGUGGCGCUUUCCGAGACAGAGACGCUAGCACAGCCGAAAUCCCACCGCUGGGACCUCCAGGAAACGUAUAACGAAAACUAUACGGAGUACUUGCCUUACGUGAUCAAUAGACUCAGAGCUCAGAGACUAGAUGAGCUAAGGGCUGGCGGGCCGAUGAAUGUGGAUGUCAGCCCGACUGCCACUUCUGACGAUGACGAGACCAUGAUAUCGGAGCUGGAGCUGGACGAGUGCAUCCUUCGACGUCCCACGUCGGUGUGGAACUUGAAGAGGAGCUUGGUGGUCAGCAGGGAGUUCAUCAAGGGCACCACAUACGUGUUUCCAGACAUGAGAUCGUUUGAGAAGUUUCGUUACUUGCGUUCGAACCAGAAGAAACUCAACAAAAACACUUAUAUUGUGUAUGACGCAGAAGGCAACAUCAAGAAGGUCAAGGGAAGACCGCCUUCCGAGGAAAAUCUGGGCCCGCUUACCGAUAAAGGUAUUGUAAUUGACCAGAGACAGCAUAUUAUCCCCGUGGACUAUAAACUUCGAGGCGACGGGCUUCCUAUAUUGAAGAUUGUGAGUCCAUACAUGUCUUCGUUCCGAAAGAAAGUGCCAUACAUGGUUUUCAGAAAGUAUCGCCAGAUCCCACUUCGUCCUAAGGUUGGAGAAAGUGACGAGGACGAGAACUAUGAGCUGUUCGUGUUCUGCACGGUCCACGUCAAAAACUUCUCUCUUUAUCGUCGUUAUACUUUCCAUUUCACUCCCGAAGACCAGCCCGCUCUGAAGCUAUUGGUCUUCCAAAAUAAUCACAGGCCCUUUGCCGACUUUAAUUACCAAGAUACCCGGUUUCGCCUUUCGGGAACAUCGUUAACUAAUCCAUACUUGAUGAGUUACAAUCCUGAAUUAAAGCUACUCGUGCUUGGAAGCCGCCAGGACUCUCUUUGCGACAACAUCAUAGACAAGCUGCAACAAAGCGCUUACAAAAAAUCAGGCUCCACGAUCAACUUGCAUGAAACAGGAUCGAAUGUUGCACCAGAGGAUCUUCCAAAUCCAGUACCUAAUCCAAGAAACCCAAUCUUGACUGACGAUGAUGGACCUCUUCUGAAAGCCUCAAUUAGGACAUAUAUCCUUAACAAAAUGCCGCCUUUCGGCCGCUUCCUUGAUUCAUGUGCUUACAUGGAUGAUUCGCCAUUAUUCCCUAAGAAAUAUUCAGAGACAGGUAAAGUGGAGGUGUACCAGGAUAACACCAACAUGGAUCCACAUAUUGAUCUUUCGCUUGCAUCAAGUAUCGACCACGAUACUUUGGUACUUACGACGGUCUUCUUAACGUUACAGGAGACCAGAACAAGAAACACUAAUCGCUAUGCCUCCAACAAGUUUAUGGGCAGUGUUGGAGGAGGAGCCUACCUUUCAGGACUGGGGUUCAAUGGAGUAAGAGGUUACGAACCACCUCAUUUAGGUUCGUUUACGAUGAAUGCCAUUUAG